AAGUUUCCAUUGUGGAGAAAAUGGCUUUGGUGACAGUACAGCGAUCGCCAAGUGUCACUGGUUCACCACAAUGUUCCAAUUCGGACAGCGAAGCCGAUGAAGAGGAGGGUAGCAAACAUGAAAAAAGUUCAAGCGAAUGUUUCUUUGCUGGCAAAGGCACCGCAUUAGUAUUAGCGCUCAAAGAUAUUCCACAAUACUCUGAACGUCGUCUGAGCACGGAUUCAAUAAGAUCAACAAACAGCACACAAAGUAAUAAUUCUGAUAUUCAACAUCAUUUGCAGUCUAUGUUCUAUCUGUUAAGACACGAAGAAACAUUGAAAAUGGCUGUUAAAUUGGAAUCACAGCGUGCAAAUCGUACACGUUAUAUUGUAAUUGCUUCACGUUGCUGUUAUCGUCCUACCACCACCGAAAGACGUAAUAAAAUAAUGCGUCAUAAUUCAGCCAGAAUGUCGACGUCAUCAUCGUGUUCUUUGUCAUCGGCAACAAAUGCGCCAAACACGGGAGCAACACAACAACAGCAACAUCAGACAUUUGGUAAUGUCGGUACAGCACGUCAGCUCUCUAUGGAUGGUACCAAAAGUUCAUCGCAGCAUCAACAUCAUUUACAACAAAUCGACGAUAGCUGGGUGGAAAUGCGUGAUAAACGUUUGUCGAAUACCGCCGCCACAACAACGAAUCGUCAAAGUCUUAAAUGUGAUGCUUCCGAGCGUUUGUGUGGUUCGGGAGAUAACAAUAAAAAUGACUAUGUUGGUGUUGAAGAAUCGUGUAUACUCGGCAUUGAUUACAAUGAGAGAGCAACAAUUGGUUUGGUUGUGCCAAUUUUAGCUGAUACCACAAUACAUUUAGAUGGUGAUGGAGGUUUCAGUGUUUCGGUAUUUGGCAAGACUCAUAUUUUUAAGCCAGUUUCUGUACAAGCAAUGUGGUCUGCAUUGCAAACCCUACAUAAAGUAUCCCAAAAGGCUCGUGAGAAUAAUUUUUAUCCCGGUGGACCAUCACAUGAUUGGUUAUCCUUUUAUGAAAGUCGCAUAGAAUCCGAACAAUCGUGUCUAAAUGAAUGGAAUGCUAUGGACUCGCUCGAAAGUCGUCGACCACCAUCACCGGAUGCCAUACGAAACAAACCCACUGCAAAAGAAGAAACCGAAGGUGUUAUCAAAAUGAAAUUAAAAGAAAUAAUGAUGUCGGUCGAUUUGGAUGAAGUCACCUCCAAAUAUAUACGCAGUCGUUUAGAAGAGCAUUUAGAUAUGGAUUUGGGUGAAUACAAAUCAUUUAUUGACGAAGAAAUGCUAAUGAUAUUAGGACAAAUGGAUGCUCCCACCGAAAUAUUUGAACAUGUCUAUUUGGGCUCGGAAUGGAAUGCUAGCAAUUUGGAAGAAUUACAGAAGAAUGGUGUUCGUCACAUUUUGAAUGUAACUCGCGAAAUAGACAAUUUCUUUCCGGGCAUGUUCGACUAUCUAAAUGUUCGCGUCUAUGACGAUGAAAAAACCAAUUUACUUAAACACUGGGACAAUACAUUUCGUUAUAUAACCCGGGCCAAAGCCGAAGGCUCCAAAGUAUUGGUCCAUUGUAAAAUGGGCGUCAGUCGGUCGGCAUCGGUUGUUAUUGCAUAUGCCAUGAAAGCCUACAAUUGGGAAUUCCAAAAGGCACUGCAGCACGUUAAGGAACGUCGUAGCUGCAUAAAACCCAAUAAGAAUUUCCUCAAUCAAUUGGAAACGUAUCGAGGAAUGUUAGAUGCCAUGAAAAAUAAAGAGAAACUGCAGCGCAGUAAAAGUGAAACAAAUUUAAAGAGCACAAAGGAUGCCCGUCUUUUGCCGGGCAGUGAACCCACCCCCCUGAUACAGGCCCUAAAUCAAUCGAAAUCCAAAUCGGGUGGUGAUAGUAACGAUGCUAUAGACGGUCACAGUAAUUCUUCUGCCUUAGAUACGUUGGUGGUGCCGGCUACGGCGACAAAAUUAUCAGCCCGACCAACGGCUCGUAGUGAACACAAACAUCGACGAAUAAUGCGUCGAUCGAGCAGUACUUCGCCACGUACAAUAGAAUCGCCAUUGUCGUCUAUCGUUGUUAUGAAACAGCAAUCACAAAGUUUAGAACAUCUAACGCCCGAUCGUAGCAUAGCGGAAGAGCCAAAAAACAUGCGCUUCCCCGGCAGUAAUGGGGAAAAUUACAGCGUUACACAAAAUCAAGUAUUACACAUACAAAAGCAUACACCACCACCCUCAUCGUCAUCGUUAAGAGCAGCGUCGACACCACCGCCAUCAUUGGCGGAUGACGACGGUCCAGUGCAAAAGAUGCAAACAUCGCCACCAGCUGCCACAUCUGUACGUACCAUAGUCCACGAUUUGGAGAAUCAUCAAAUCCACGAUCCCACACGUAGAUUGGCCGAUGAUCGUAAAUCUUUGAAUUUGGCAUUUGGAAAAACAGCAGAUGAUGCAGAGGAGUGUAACCGAAGUGCUGAAGUACCACACUCAUCCGCUGCUGGCAAUGAUGGUCACUGUGGUGGUGGUAACACAAAAACGGGCAGUCCUGUGUGGACAUCGUCCGCCAAACUAAUUACACAAACAUCCAACAUCAAUACCAGUGUUACAUCCCUGAAUCGCGAAGAGGCCAUAAAUAAACAGCAACAGCGUCCACAUUCUCGCAAAACCCAAUCGUGGGCGGCAACAAGCGGUGGCAUUAUCAUGGAUAGCACCGUUCAGGGCUCCAACAGCAGCAUUGAUUCCAUUUCAACGCAAACUUCUGCACCUGCUGCAAUACCAGCCGCCACCGCAACUGCCGCCGUGUAUGAAGGUCUAGUGAAAACACGUUCCCGCCAAAGAGAAUUGCCCUUGCGCCAUGCCUCCUGGGGUUCUGGCGAUAAUCGCAGCGGUAUGCCAAUGCGCAAUGGCUCCUGGGCAGCUUUUGACACAAAUCGCAAUAGUUGCCAGUAUGCCAGCACCUUCAACCACCAUGCCAAUGCAAAUGCCAUUUUUGAAGGUCAAAUUCAUGAACUUAAUACGAGUAAUAAGACUGCCUCGGCCGAGAGCCGAUCAACAAUUCAUGGUCCACAACAACAUCACCAUUUUGGUACCGUGAAACGAACCAAACAAAAGUUGGAAGAAUCCACAGCCCUAAAAAAGUUAUGCCAGGAAAAUGGUAGUGGCUCGGAAUGUGCCAGUAAUGCCAGUAAUGUAUCCUCCAACACCAACGAUGGUGGUGGCGGUGAUGAUACCAGCGUAUAUACCAAACGAAAUACCAAUUUAUAUCGCUCUGCAUCAGCUGCGGCGGGAACACGAACACGUUUAGGUCAUCGCUGUAAUAGUGAAGAAAUUGUACCUAGUGGUGGUGUUGGCAGUGGAGGAGUCACCACUCACUGUUCACUUAUGCCCUUGGGAAGGCGCAGCGAUGGCAGUCGUCCGGCGGUGGCCGCCGAUAUAUUUUCGGUGUCAGCCCCAGAAGCCUACACCAUGUCUGAUAUUGAGAAUAAAAACACGUUAACGGCGGGUAACGGCAGUGACGAGGAGAAUGUCAUCUUAAGAAGGACGGACAAUCAAUUACAAUGUACAACUGAGGAUCAAAGAGUCUCGGGCAAUGUUCAAAUUCUUAAGAAAAGCUUUGAAGCUAAAGCAGGUGGUGGUGGCGCUGGUAGUGCAGGUUUAAAUGUCGCUGUGGGUAAUCAGCCGGCAAUAAAUCCAACAACUGGUAACAUUUGUUCCUCCAGUAAGGUUCCAGCCAAGGGACAUCAAUCACUUCCAUCAUCACCAGUGGCUCAACAUGUCGAUCACCAACAUCAAACGAAAACGACGACGUUUCUAGAACAACACAUGACAACAGUAUCAACUGCAACAUCAGCAUCAUCUGCCGACGAACAAUGUGAUCAUAAUGUAAAGGGCUUAGUGCAUAAAUAUCAGACAUCUUCGACGUCGUCAUCGUCGAGCUCCAGUGUAACGACAACAGCUUCAAAAUCAAUAACAAAUCAAUCAACUGGCUCUGCGACGACGACAGUGACGUCACAGACAGUUGUAAAAAUUCGACCAAGAUCUUGUCAUGAGUCCCAAAGAUCUUUGGCGGGCAAGCCACAUGAGUUUAGCGAAAGUCGACCACCACCAGCACCACAAAGAUUGCCAUCAUCCAAUGCUACCAUAACCAGUCAUCAUCACCACCAACACCAUCAUCUAAAUGAGCAACAACAACAGCCGCCGGCACAAAGACGUUUGCAACAACAUGGAAGAACUCAUCCACUUGCAAUGUUACAAAAGCCAGCCGUCAAUGCAGCCGCUUACAAUACAAUGUAA